AUGGCUAUUGACAAGCAAAAGGCGCUUCUGUUCGGCGCCGCAGCAGCCAUCCGUCUGCUCCUCUUUGCGGCAUUCCCUUCCUUGCCAGAUCUCCUGACCGGCCGCGUCGAAAUAUCCACCCCAGUAACGAGCUUUAAGAGGUUACAAGAGGGUCUCUUCCUCUACACGCAUAAUGUCUCUCCUUACGACGGCGGCAUCUUCCACCAGGCGCCUCUACUAUUGCCACUCUUUUCCUUGCUACCGGAUAUUCGAGCACAUCCGUUGGCGGCCAACCUCCUGUACAUACUCGCGGACCUUUGCAGCGCCAAUGCGUUAAUGCAAAUUGCUGAGACUGCCGAGUCGGUCUCUUCACGCCUGUUCACAUCACCACGGAAAGAGCUGCGGUGGAGUAGCACGGCAAUAGCAGCAGGGUUCCUCUUCAACCCGCUCACAAUCCUUACUACCCUUGCUCGUCCCACCUCCGUCUUCACCAACACCUUCAUCCUCCUGUCGAUCGCGAAAGCCUGCACUGGCUCCGCCAUGACAAUGAUCAUCGCCCUCUCCAUCGCCUCCUACCUCUCGUUCUACCCCAUCCUGCUCUUCCCGCCGCUCGUCUUCCUCUGCUACGACGCUGAAGCCCGCCGCUCGCCCAAGAACCCUCCAAACCCCUGGAACUUCUCGCUCUUCCACCUCUCCGAUCUCCUCGUCACUACUGGCGCGCUGCUAUACGUAUCAUACCUCCUGACCGGAUCAUGGGAGUUUAUACCAAGCACCUACGGCGUGCAGCUCCUGCUGCCUGACCUGACACCCAACGUCGGGCUGUGGUGGUACUUCUUCAUCGAGAUGUUCGACUCGUUCCGCGAGUUCUUCCUCGGCGUCUUCUGGCUGCACAUGGCGUCUUAUGUCGGCGGACUGAGCUUCAGGCUCCGGAAACAGCCGCUGUUUGUCGUGGUCAGCUUGCUGGGCAUCUUUGCGGUAUUCCAGCCGUAUCCGAGCAUCGCGGAUGUCACUUUGUAUCUAGGGCUGCUGCCGCUGUAUAGACACGUUUUUCCGCUAAUGCGCUACACGUUUCCUGCCGCCUCGGCCCUCCUCUACGCCACCUUUCUCGGCCCGGCAUUCUAUCAUCUAUGGAUCUACGCCGGCUCGGGGAACGCCAACUUCUUCUAUGCCAUCACUCUUGUGUGGAGCCUGGGUCUCUCGAUCAUCAUCGCUGACGCAUUGUAUGCUGUCUUGCGCGACGAGUGGGAAGCCGAGAGGCCGGAGAUGAGGGGGAAAGAUGUUAGGCAGAUAUAG